CCAAUGCUGCUGCCAGAUGCUUUGCCUGCCAGGGCCCUGAGGUGUGGAGGAUUUGCAUGCUUCAGCUUAGCCCUCCCGGGCACAGCGAGGCAGUGGUGGGACCCUGGCCACGGUCACAGUGGGGAUGCACCAGGCUGUUCCUGCCGAGCCAGGCGCACUCCCCUUGAGUGUGGAAAAACCAACAAGGCUGGAAAAUGACCGAGGCCACACCCCGGCGUUGGAGGAAUAGGCUUGGAUCUGCUCCCCCAGGAGCCAGACGCGUCUGGCGGCGGGACGGACGCUGCUCCGCAGGCGUUAAUGCCCACGGCCAGCACCCCGGGCAGCUUAUCUCAGCCCAGCAGCAGGUUGGAGGGCGGCAUCAGCAUGGCUGGGAGUUGGCAGGUGAAGGUGCAGGCGGGGGGGAUGCUGCUGGCCCUCUUUGGGUGGGUCUCCUCCUGUGUCACCACCUUCGUGCCCCUCUGGAAGAACCUCAACCUGGAGCUGAACGAGCUGGAGGUCUGGAACAUGGGGCUCUGGCAGGUCUGCAUCACCCAGGAGGAGGGGGCAGUCGGGUGCCAAGCUCAUGGCUCCUUCCUGGCACUGCCACCUGAGCUGCGCAUCUCCCGCCUGCUGAUGUGCCUCUCCAACGGGCUGGGGCUGCUGGGCUGCCUUCUUGCUGCUCUGGGGAUGGAGGGCUGGAGACCCUGCGAGGACAAACCUGGGCUGAAGCGGCGGCUCCUGCUCGCCGGGGGAGCGGCACUCGGCAUAGCAGGGAUGGCCACCCUGGCACCGGUCUCCUGGGUCGCCUACAACACUGUCCUUGACUACUGGGAUGACACCGUCCCCGACAUCGUCCCGCGGUGGGAGUUUGGGGAGGCCACCUUCCUGGGCUGGUUCGCCGGUGUCUUCCUCGCCGCCAGCGGGCUGCUCCUCGCCUGCAGCACCCGGCCCAUGAGGACCACACCACCACCGGUCCCUGCCUGCCACCAGCUCCCUGCCGCAAGAGGCCUGCCUGGGGGCCACCACCUACACCCCAAAAAUGCAGACCUGGUCAUCUAGGGAGCCAGGGGGCUGUGCCCUGAGUGCCUCUCAGCUCUUCCUCUGCGGUGGGGGGCACCUGCACCUUCCACAGGAUGAUUUACUAAUUCCCACGGCAGCCCUGCGGAUUUUUCUCUUCCUCUAUCUGCUUCGCUUCUGCUUUCCCCUGAAGCCACAGCUUUCCCC